AUGAGGCAGCCACAACUUCUCUGCGAGCACAGAAGCAGCCUCAGACUGUUGCCGCGGCUCCAGGGAGCAGCAGAGGAGGCAGUGCAGGGCCGUUCUCCCCGCUCUCCCGCAGCCGCUGCCAUGUGGAGCUGCCCGGGGCCCCUCCCGCUGCUCCUGGCGCUCGCCCUUGUCCCCGCCGGCGCUGCCCUGAAGGUGACCCCAGCCGUGCUCCACACCAAGCCCAAACCUUCCCAGGCAGCAGCUGCUCCCCAGGCUGUCCCAGGGAAAGCCCCGCUGCCAGGAGCUGCGCUCCCCACGCUCUUCCCCUCGGAGAACUCCACGCUGGACUCGGCCGAGCUCUUCUUCAACUGCUGCGAGUGCUGCCCGCCCGCCGCGGGACCACGGGGCUGGCCGGGGCCGCGGGGACCCCCAGGUCCCAAGGGGGAGAAGGGAGAUGCUGGGCUGCCAGGAACUCCUGGCCCUCAAGGUCCAAAAGGCUCUAAAGGAGAAAGAGGGGAGCAAGGGGAGCGAGGAGCGAGUGGAAGCCCCGGUUACCCAGGGAAACCUGGGCUGCAAGGUGAAGCUGGAGCCAAAGGCAACAAGGGCAGCUACGGCUUCCCCGGCCUGAAGGGACAAAAGGGAGCGAAAGGGGACACCUGUGACAACGGCACCAAAGGAGACAAAGGGGACAGGGGGGAUCCUGGAGAGCCGGGAGUGGGCGGCGAACAGGGGGACAAGGGAGAAAAGGGGGACACGGGGGACAAAGGGUACUGUGGGGAGCCGGGUGGCAGAGGGGGGGAGGCCCCCAGGGCGCCGCGCUCGGCCUUCAGCGCCGGCCUGGCGCGGCCUUUCCCCCCGCCCAACGCGCCCAUCCGCUUCGAGCGCGUGUGGUACGACGAGCGCCGCGACUACGACCCCAACACCGGCAAGUUCAACUGCAGCGUGGCCGGCGCCUACGUCUUCUCCUACCACGUCACCGUGCGCGGCCGGCCCGCCCGCCUCAGCCUGGUGGCCGGCGGCAGGAGGGUGGCCAAGGCCAGGGACACCCUCUACGGCCAGGACGUCGACCAGGCCUCCUUCCUCACCAUCCUCAAGCUCAGGGUGGGCGACCAAGUGUGGCUGGGGGCCGCCAAGGACUGGAACGGCCUCUACGCCGGCGCCGAGGACGACAGCGUCUUCACGGGCUUCCUGCUCUACCCUGACGGCUUCGAGGGAAUCGGUUUGGAGCUGUGGAAAGUAAGGAUGAAACUACAGGAGAUACAGGGGAUGGGAAGAAAGAGAAAUAAGCUGCACAUGUUUCAUUCCAAGUCCUCCAUAAAUAAAAGUUCUUGUUAA